AUGCGUACAGAUUGAAGGAGCCAGUGUUGACUUCUUGAAUACAGAGGGAAGCAGGUAAGUGGGAGGGGUGGUAUAUGGGUAGGAAUUUUAUUUGGGUUUGGUGGAUUGGUUGUAUCGAUAACUUUAUGUAGAAACUGGAAUUACACCUCUGUGUAUCCAUCGGUUCAGGAAGAAAGCAAAGAAGAUGUAGACCAAAUGUUGGAAUAUUGUAAUACUUGCUGUUCAGAGCAAAAGAUAUGGAGGAAGUGCAAGAGAAUCAAGACUUUGGUGUUAGACUCUUGGUAUCUUCCUGAAAUCUAUAAUGAAUUGAAUGAAAGAGAAGUCAAAAUUGAAGAACUAGCUUUUAAUGUCAAAGAUUUAAUAGAUCUGACUGAUGAAAAUAUAAAUAUAGAAAGAAGAGCAGAAAUAACGAAACUAUACCUGUAUGACUUAGAUGAUGGAAAAUCAUACCCUCCUCCAAACGAAGUUGCAAAUAAAUUCGAAAACAACAUAACAUCUAUCCACUUACCAACUCUCUACUUCACCUUCCCCAACAUCAGCACCAUCGACAUUUUUAACUGCAGCUACGGCUACUCCUUCUCAAGCUUAACCCACAUCAUCCUAGAUGGAGGCUCAAUCUGGAACGGAAGCAAAGACCAGCAAAAAGAAUGGGAUGUCAACAAGACCUUCUCUUGUAGUAGCGUCAAAAUGUACGGGUUUGACGAAGAAGGGAACGUUAAGGCCUACCUUUUGAAAAAGUUUGAUUUGUAUAUGAGCCUGGAUAAGAAACUGGAAGAGUUAAGUGGGUCAGAAGAGAGGUAUUUUGUGACAGAGGAGUAUUUUGCCUUCCAGAGUGUUUUUCAGAUGAGUCUUGUUGGGAUUAGUUAUGAUAUUUUUGGAUGUGGAGAUGAGAGAGUGAUUGAGUUGUUGAACAGAUUUGAGGAUCCUCAAAGAGCAUUUGUAAUUGAAAACAAGAAUUUUGAUUAUAUAAGAGGCCCGGAAGCGAUAAGACUUUGAUCUUUUGCAACAUCUCUCUGUUCACAAAAUGUAAAGAAAACUAAAAGAAUUGAGGAAACUAAAGGCAUCUAUCAAGAAGAUGAUGCUAAUGAACUCUUAGAAAAGCAAAAGAAUGCUUCCCAACGAUUCCUUAUAAUCGACAUAGAAUUAUUAGAAAACUUUCAGGGCAAAUCUAACAAACAGAAAAUUAUUGAGGAGAGUCUUGAAAAACUAGAAUCUUCAGAUGGCUUGACACAGUUAAAUAUCAAACUGAGACUACAAAAAUUAAAAAAGCAACAAUUCAAAGUACUCAUGAAAUACCUAAAAUUGAACCUUUCCUCAAUGAUGAUCGAGGGUAACAGAAAAGAUGGAAGCCUAAUUGAUCCAAAGCAAAAGAAAGCUCUCUCAGCACAACUAAGAAGUAUCUCAAGACUGAAAUGCUUCAGUUAUCUAAGACUAGGAACGGACAGAAAGCUAACAGUGAGACUAUCCUCAGGUGAGGACAAUGAGAGCUUUGUCAAAUUGCUGGAAUUCUGCUUUGGUGCAAAAGAAGAACCUGACAUUGACCAAGGGUUCAUCGGAUACAUAGAAGUUAAAUAGAC